AGUAAUGGCAGUACAAUUUAGUAGAAAGGUCCUGGUUGCUCAGUAACGGAAGUUAUGCAUUAAUACUGAUGCUGAUUGAUGAUUAAAUGUAAAUCUUUGUUUAUCUGAGCGGGGAUUGUGUUUAGUCCGGAUCCGGCUGUGACCGUGUGUUUAUGGCCAGGCUGCAGAUGCACUGCUCUGUAAAUGACAAGUGUGUUCAGCAUGUGGAGAGCACCGUGUUCUCCUCCAAAAACAACGAUGAGGAGCCCUGUGAGGAGGAGAUGGACACCUCGGAGACGGUGUGGAACUGGUUCUACCUGGCCGAGUGUGGAGUCUGGCACAUGUUUCAGAUUGAUCCCAGUGCAGGAUGUUCAGUGACCAGUGAACAGAUUGAAGCCAGUUAUAACCGGAAUCAACACGGCUGCAUGGAUUUUUAUACUCCAAAAUACAGCUACAGGCUGGACUUCUCAGUUAUGAAGCAAAUCAAUGUCACGACUGGAAAAAAGAGGCCGAUUAAAAGGGCCCUGCAAUCUGCUACUGGAUUUAGAUUUAUCUGUGAUAACCUGGCACUGCCAGUCCCCUGUCACUGGGAAAGAGUUAACACAGACGAGCCGUAUCAGCUUAUCACCCUGUGCAGUAACACGUUUGAGUACAAAGAGGUGGCACGACUGUACGAGAGGACCAUGUCUCAGCCCAUCAAAUCCAUCCAGAGAAUACAGAACCUGGACCUGUGGGAGUUCUUCUGCAGGAAAAAAGCCCAGCUGAGGAAGAUAAAACGCGUUAUCGACAUUGACGAGAGGAUGCUGUUUCAUGGAACAGGUCACAGCAACAUUCAGGCUAUCUGCACCUACAACUUCGACUGGCGGCUAACAGGAAGCCAUGGCGACGUUUAUGGCAAAGGAAGCUAUUUUGCUCGUGACGCCAAGUACUCCAGCAAGUUCUGCCACUCCACCAACAAGCAUAACUACACACUUCAGAGACACGGCCUGGCGCCGCCCAUCUUUCAGAGCGAUCCGCCAUAUAAGUGCAUGUUCUUGGCGCGAGUGUUAGUCGGCGAAUACACGGUGGGACACCCGCACUUUUGUCGUCCACCAUCCAAAGACUCGAGCAUCUCCAACUUCUUUGACAGUUGCGUGGACGACAUGAUCAACCCCAAAAUCUUUGUCAUAUUUGAUAGCAACCAGGUCUACCCAGAAUACCUGAUUGAAUUCUACUGACGAAGGGCCCAAUUUUGCAGCAACAGUUUAAGGAAGGCCCUUUCCUGUCCCAGCAUUAUUGUGCCGUCGUGCAUAAAGUAAAAAGCUCUAUAAAGACAUGAAGAAAAAACUUGGUGUAAAGAAACUCCAGUGUCCUGCACAGAACCCUGACAUCAGCUCUACUCAAGAGCUCUGGAAUGAACUGGAACAUCAACUGAGGCUUACUUGACCAACAUCAGUGCCCAGAUAUACAACUGAAUACAAUUUUAAAUGAAUGGGCACAAAUUCCCACAGACAUACAUUAGUCUUGUAAGAAGUUCUCUCAGAAGAGUGGUAGUAGUUAUAGGUGAAAAGAUCACAUAAAGGUCACUGUUUUAAUA